UCUAUCGAUUAAGGCAGACGAUAGGACAGUGAUUUGUCGAUUUUAUAUUUCGAAAAAAAAACUAGUCGAUAAAAGUUCAUAUUUGGAAGGUGCUAUUUUUAUGGAUGUUUUUUUUCCGUUGUCGUGAUAUUUUUGUGGCCGACUGUACUGCAAGUGCUGCACUAUUGUGCGAGUUAAGUGUAUCGGAAUAUCGGAAUUUAUUUUUGGAAGUGUACAUAUUGCGUGAGAAAUUAAAAAAUGUUACCACCAAGAUUGCUGCGGUGGACAGUCACCGUUGCACUGAUAUUAGCAGUUAUUGCUCCCACAUCAGACUCUACAUCUGUCCGCAGAAGAUUGAGGAAACCAACCAAAGUAUCCACAUCAGUGACAUCCAGCGUAUCCAGAUCCACAGAUCAACUGAUAUCUGCUAGUGUGAACAGGCCAAAGAUCCGUGGUCGGCCCACUAUUGCGAGUAGAAAAUCAUCAGCUGCUAUUGAUAAUUCCGUUGCCACUGAUGACCACAGAGAUAAAGAUGGUUACAAGAUCGUAUGUUACUACACGAACUGGUCUCAGUAUAGGACGAAAAUCGGCAAAUUCCUACCUGAAGACAUAUCGCCUGAUCUGUGCACGCACAUCAUCUUUGCUUUCGGCUGGCUCAAGAAGGGGAAACUCAGUUCUUUCGAGUCCAACGACGAGACGAAAGAUGGAAAAACUGGUCUCUACGAUAGGAUCAAUCAACUGAAAAAGGCUAAUCCUAAACUGAAGACUCUGCUGGCUAUUGGUGGCUGGUCUUUCGGCACGCAGAAGUUCAAGGAGAUGUCAGCUUCACGAUAUGCUCGGCAGACCUUCAUCUACUCUGCCAUCCCGUACCUUCGCGACAGGAACUUCGAUGGACUCGACGUGGACUGGGAGUACCCUAAAGGUGGUGAUGAUAAGAAGAACUACGUGCUGUUACUCAAAGAACUUCGUGAGGCUUUCGAGGCUGAAGCUCAAGAAGUGAAGAAACCUCGCCUGCUGCUGACAGCUGCUGUACCUGUUGGUCCUGACAAUAUCAAGAGUGGUUAUGACGUGCCAGCUGUCGCCAGUUACCUGGACUUUAUCAACCUCAUGGCCUACGAUUUCCAUGGCAAAUGGGAGAGGGAGACCGGCCACAAUGCACCCCUGUACGCACCCUCCUCGGACUCCGAGUGGAGAAAACAACUCUCCGUCGACCAUGCUGCACAUUUGUGGGUGAAACUUGGCGCUCCCAAAGAGAAACUUAUUAUUGGCAUGCCAACAUACGGCCGUACCUUCACCCUGUCUAAUCCCAACAACUUCAAAGUGAAUUCCCCGGCGAGCGGGGGAGGGAAAGCCGGUGAAUACACAAAGGAGGGUGGCUUCCUAGCUUAUUACGAGGUAAUUUUAAUUUGAAAAUAUUAUGUGAAGGAUCAACAACAGACAGUAAGUAAUUCGGCCGCCUCUUUUUUACAAGACAAGUGGGUUGGUUUCGACGACGAAAAAUCUAUUAGGAAUAAAAUGAGAUGGGUCAAGGACAAUGGAUUCGGUGGAGCCAUGGUGUGGACGGUAGACAUGGACGACUUCAGCGGCAGCGUCUGUGGAGGUGAUGUGAAGUACCCACUCAUUGGAGCUAUGCGAGAGGAACUCCGCGGCAUUUCACGAGGCAAAGACGCAAAGGACGUGGACUGGUCCGAAGUAGCAUCCAGCGCAGUCAUUGAAGUCACCGAGAAACCUCAACCGAUCAAGAUCAGCCUUUCGGACGUGCUUAGCAAAGUGAAGAAACCUACCAAGAACGUCAUCAUCAGGAAUAAUAACGCUGCUGCACUUCUUGAUAAGAACAAGCGCGAGCCUCAAGUCCUUUGCUACUUGACGUCGUGGUCUUCGAAGAGACCCAGCGCCGGUCGGUUCACACCAGAAAACGUGGACCCAACUCUAUGUACCCACGUGAUCUACGCAUUCGCAACACUCAAAGACCACAAACUGACCGAAAGCGACGAAAAGGAUGCCGAUAUGUACGAUAAAGUUGUGGCUUUGAGAGAAAAAAACCCGAAUUUGAAGAUCCUGCUAGCUAUCGGCGGAUGGGCGUUUGGCUCCACGCCUUUCAAGGAGCUUACCUCCAACGUGUUCAGAAUGAAUCAGUUCGUUUAUGAAGCCAUCGAGUUCCUCAGGGACUACCAAUUUAACGGUCUCGACGUGGAUUGGGAGUACCCCAGAGGAGCUGACGACCGAGCAGCCUAUGUUUCACUCCUGAAAGAACUGCGUCUGGCCUUCGAAGGUGAAGCCAAGUCAUCCGGCCAGCCGAGGUUGCUCCUAACUGCUGCUGUACCAGCAUCCUUUGAAGCCAUAGCAGCUGGUUAUGAUGUGCCCGAGAUAUCUAAAUAUUUGGACUUCAUCAACGUGAUGACAUAUGAUUUCCACGGACAAUGGGAGCGGCAGGUCGGCCACAAUAGUCCUCUCUUCCCGCUCGAAAGUGCCACCAGCUACCAGAAGAAACUCACAGUGGAUUACUCUGCUCGAGAGUGGGUCCGCCAAGGUGCUCCUAAGGAGAAGCUGAUGAUCGGUAUGCCAACGUACGGCAGAUCUUUCACGCUCAUCAACGAUACGCAAUUCGACAUCGGAGCACCGGCUUCUGGUGGUGGUCAAGCUGGUAGAUUCACUAACGAGGCUGGCUUUAUGUCGUACUAUGAAAUCUGCGAAUUCUUGAGGGAAGACAACACUACGCUGGUAUGGGAUAAUGAGCAAAUGGUGCCAUUCGCGUACAGAGAGGACCAGUGGGUUGGAUUCGAUGAUGAGAGAUCACUUAAAACUAAGAUGGCGUGGCUCAAAGAAGAAGGAUUCGGUGGUAUCAUGGUGUGGUCAAUCGAUAUGGAUGACUUCAGAGGUUCAUGUGGCACUGGGAAAUAUCCAUUGAUUACGGCAAUGAAGCAGGAACUCUCCGGAUACAAAGUUAAAUUAGAAUUUGAUGGACCCUACGAAUCCUCAGGCUCCAGUGGUCAAUACACUACAAAAGAUCCUAACGAAGUGACUUGCGAAGAAGAAGAUGGCCAUAUUUCCUAUCAUCCAGACAAGGCUGACUGCACCAUGUACUACAUGUGUGAAGGAGAGAGAAAACACCAUAUGCCUUGUCCUUCUAAUCUUGUUUUCAACCCUAACGAGAAUGUUUGUGAUUGGCCAGAAAAUGUGGAAGGAUGUACUCAUCACACUCAAGCUCCCGCAGCGAGACGAUAAGAGUAAAGUAUUUUAUCAUAUAUAAUUAUGACAGCUAUUCAUAUAUGUUAACUUGCAUAUACAGUUACAGAAGUUUAUCUGAUAACAUUUGAUAACAUAUGGGUUUAUAAUUUAAUUUUGCUCUGAAAAAAAUAUAUAAAAUUGAUAUCUUUAUAAUAAAUAUUGAGAGGUUGUUUAUUUAGAUGAUCUUAUUUUACACUUAUUGUAAACGAUUGAAAAGAUUUAUGUAAACUUGAAUAAAAUAUUUUGUACAUUGUUUUUAAUAAUUCUACAUGCAUGUAGAUAAAGAUGUCAUUUUAAUGUAUAAUAGGUUGAUUUAUAAAAAUCAAUUUAAUACAAUUCAAUCCACCAAUAUUUAUGUAUGUAUUGACGAGACAUUUUCAUAUAAAAUAGUUUAUUUAUUGGCGUUCGUUGGCUUGUCUCGAAUAGCAGACGGGAUUAGUGUGAUAUAAUGUAAAUUUUUUUUAACAUUAUUCUUGAACAAUGUAGGUAUACAUCUACAGUUAAAUUAUAUUUUGUAACAUUAAUAGAUUGUUCUCUCCCAAACUUACACAAUAUAAUUGUAAUUUUACACGUCAUAUUUAAUAAUAACAAAUAUACUAGGUAUAUAUAUAUAAUAAGCAAUAUAAGUAAAAAGACAGUUUUUCAAUUUUACAAUUAUAAAAACUGUAACAGUAAAUAGAGCUAUUAAUUACAUUUAAAUGCAAUGAAAUUGUAUACUAAUUUCUUAAUAAGUAUUGUGUAUUUUUGAGAUAGAUUAUAUAGUUGUAAUAUUUAGUUUUUAAGUAGUAAUAAAGCUUUUUUUAUUUUAAUAUCAAAUACUCAAAUCAGCUAAAUCACUGCCUUUUCAUGCUGCCAAUUAUGGUUAUGUACGAAUUUAAAUAAUAUUUGGAAUUGUAACAAAAAGAGAUGUGACAUUAUUUUGUAUAUUUAAGUUUGUAAAUAUUGUAUUUAGAUACAGAAAGACGUAAGAGUAUUAUUAAAGAUUUUUUAAACAUAA